UCUUUCACCGUCCAAGAAGAUUCGAGACUGACGGCCAACUAUCACAGCCUUUCCAACAGCAUUGGUGAAGAAAGAAGCAAGUCUGAUAGCGCAAGAGAGAGACUUGAAGAAUUAAAAAAUAGAAAUGUCAGAGGCAAGUGUUGGGUCUCAACUGGAUGGGGACAGAUCGAAUUUCUCACGCACUUUCAAGUAUCUAAUGGCUGCGCAGUUGUUUUCACGGAUAAUAACAUAUGCAUUCAAUACAUGGGUCCUGAGGCAACUCACUAAAGAGGAGUUUGCAAAUGUAAUGGAUUUUGAUCUUAUCACCAUCUUUGCCUUGGUUAUUAUUAGGGAGGGAUUUCAACGUGCUUGCAUUCGGGAUAAUAUUAGUUGUUCUUGUUUAUCAGAGGGUGAACGAGCAGCAAAACUAUUGAAAAUAACAUGGGUGAUUUUCCCAUUUGGAGUAGUUGCGACAAUUGCAGCAUGCCUUGUGAUCUUUUGUUCCCAAGCUUUGAGUUAUUCUGAUCCUUGUGCAAAAGCUAUUUUGAUAUAUGGUUGUGCAUGUCUUUUGGAGCUACUAGCCGAACCCCUGCAUAUUUUUUUCAAGAACUUGCAUUUCCUUAAGCUGCGGUUAAUUGUCGAAACUGCAGCAACAUUUUUUCGUUGUCUAACUACCUAUAUUUUGAUUGUCAAGCAAACUGGCAUGGAGAAAGGGAUCGUUUUAGCCAUUUCACAAGUUGCUUAUGGAGCUUGCUUGUUCUUCGGUUAUUUGGGCUAUUUCUUUUAUUGCCAAUUUAAAAAUUCUGGUCUUUUCCCCUUAAGAGUAGGAAGCAUGAUGGACUAUGAUGGGAAGCUCUUAGUAAUGUGUAUGUGGUUCUCCUUUCUAAAGUGCAUUUUUCAAAGAGGAGAAAAGAUGGUCCUUCUAUGGUUUUUAACACCACAUAGCAAAGCAGCAUAUGGGUUUGUAGACAGAUUAGGCAACUUGGUGGUGAGGUUGGUGUUUUCUCCUUUUGAAGAAAUUUCAUAUGCUACUUUUGCAAGAGGUGCAUCAGGUAAAGACCCACAAAAGGGCAUAUGGUUGGGAAGCUCCCUCACAGAGGCUUUGAAGCUUGUUUUGUUAGUUGGUUUUGUGGUCAUGACAUUUGGUCCAAGCUACUCUUACUCGCUCAUCAGAAUGUAUGAUCGGAGAUGGAUUGAUGGAGAAGCUCCUAAAGCCCUCCAAUACUAUUGCCUUUAUGUCUUUCUUUUGGCUGUGAAUGGAACAGUUGAAGCAUUUAUGUAUUCUGUUGCAACUGAAGAACAACUCCAGCGUGCAAAUGUCUUAUCAUUUAUAUUCUCUAUGAUUUACCUUGGUCAGAAUACACUACUGAGACAAUCUGCUGGUGCGGUUGGUUUGGUGGUUGCAAAUUCUUUAACUAUAACCUUGAGGAUUGCAUACUCGAUCAACUUCAUUAAUCGUUAUUUCCAGGGUUCUCCCUUGUUUUCUUUUCUGAGCUGCUUGCCAUCAGGUUGGACAUAUCUGUUGUUGUCGGGUGUGAUAACUCGAAUUUCUGAGAGAAAAUUUCUGGACCCAGAAAACUUCCGGCAAACAUUCUUCAUUCAUUUCUCUAUUGGAUUGACCUGCUUCUGCAUGUCUUCCGUUGUCAUCUAUCGCCGAGAGAGGCCUCUCAUCAACAAAAUUAUCGGUUUUCAUGACCACUCAGACUAAGUAGGAAUGGACUUUGUCCUCACCCCCUUGAAGCCGAAACAAUAGCAGCCAUGGAACCAAACUAUAAUCACGGUGGAGUUUUUUCAUGUUCCUUAUUUCAUGUUUUCUCCAUCGUAACCUUAACCAUUUUUUAAUGCUCAAGGAGCACUGAAUUGGUUUCCUUUUGGCACAUUAGUAUAUGAUAUACAUCAUCUAUUGCUUAUUAGAAAAA